AUGACGCUGUUGGGAGGUCCGCGCAGGGGUUACGUGCCUGUUAGGAGGCGGAAUCCCAGCGGCGGUCUCCAAUCGAGUCGCCAGAUUAGCCCGAGUGACGGCACCCGCCACCGUCAACUGCGCGAUCGCGACAGGCAGGCUGAGGAGGAGGAUGGCGAGGCUGGCAUGACCGAAGCUGGAGUGACCGAGGCUGGGCAAUCCAAAACAAGCCCCGACCUGUACUAUAACGGAGGGCCUGUUAUCGCGGAUCCGGUCGUCUACCUCAUCUACUACGGCACGUGGCCUGAGAAUUCCGGAGCUGCCAUUAUCGAUAAUUUCGUGCAGUCGCUGGGAGGGAACGCGAGCAGGCAGGGAGGGCCGAGGGGUGAGAGCAGCGUGAGCGGCUGGUGGGCGAUCACCACGCAUUACUUUAUGACACGGGCUGACCGCAAGCUGGCGUACGUCACUCCUAAGGUUCGGUUUGGAGGUUCGGUAGUGGAUCAGGGCUCCAUCGGCCAUUCCUUCUCCGACACCGAGAUUGCCAGGAUUGUCGAUCGCAACGUGGGCAAGGCCAACUUUGUCGAUCGCAACGUGGGCAAGGCCAACCGGCUGCCGUCCGAUCCGAACGGGAUCUACAUCGUGGUCACGAGUGCUGACGUGGAUGUGUGGGAGUUCAGCCGCUGCAGCUACUGCGGGUGGCAUGCACAGAUGAUGGACAUGCGCACUGGCAGCCCCAUAGCGUAUGCAUUUGUGGGGCACCACUCGCUGUGCUGCCAGUACAGCAACUCCUCCUUCAACGGGCUACCAGCCAUAGACAGCAUGGCGAGCACCAUCGCUCAUGAAAUCACUGAAGCUGCUGACUGGCUCCUCGGGCUACCAGCCAUAGACAGCAUGGUGAGCACCAUUGCCCACGAAAUCACCGAGGCUGCUGCUGACCCCUCCUGCCUGCUUAACCCUCGCAUUUCCCUGCCACCCCCCUGUCCCUCAAAUCCCACCCCAUCCCACCCUGGCCGCUCCUCCCCUAACGGGCUGCCAGCCAUAGACAGCAUGGUGAGCACCAUCGCCCAUGAGACGACAGAGGCCACCACCGACUCCUCCCCCAACGGCAUGCCAGCAAUAGACAGCAUGCUCUGCCGCCCCAAGCUCAGCCGCCCCAAGCUCUGCUGCCCCAAGCUCUGCCGCUCCAAGCUCCGCUGCUCCAAGCUCUGCUGCCCCAAGCUCUGCCGCCCCAAGCUCCGCUGCUCCAAGCUCUGCCGCCCCGAGCUCUGCCGCCCCAAGCUCUGCUGCCCCUAG